GCGUGUUCCUGUCUGAGCCGCGGGGCGCGCGCGGCCGUCGACCUCCUCCUCCUCCCGCCUCGCACGGCGCGGCCGGCGAGCCGUCCGGGAGUGGGGCGCGCUCCUCUCCUUCGCGUUCCAGCCCUGUCCUGCUCGCCGUGCGGGCGCAGGGCAAAGCGAGCAGGUUAGGAGAGUUACGACGCGGCUGGCAUCCUCCUUCCACUGACCCUCCCUGUCGCCUCGUCUCGAAUCGAACCGAAGGAAUUCAUCUGAUUCUAGUCAAGAUGAACCGGGAAUCAAAUUUCAUGCCUACCCCUGAUCAAGAUGUGCUGGAAGUCAAGCCCUUGAGGACGUUGGCUCCAAUGUUCCCUGCACCAUUGGGAGUUGAUGUGCUGAACCGGUCGACAACCCCACCGUUGGUAUUUGUUGCACCAGCUGGGCAGUUUUCAGGGGCUUUUGGUGCUUGGAACAAUCCUGCGAUCAGGUCAUUUGCCGCUUUCGGUGUUCCUGAUGCUGGUGGUGAUCAGGGUGCCGGUGACAGCCAGACUGCUGCUUUUGGUGAUCAGGAAAUCGGCAGAGGCCAAUCUGCUGCAAAUGGGACUCCAAAUAUAGGCACCAGUGCGACUGAGCCGAUUGAAGCCACUCCUAUUUCAGCCUACAAAUCAACACAACCGAUUGUUAUAUCACUGGACGAUGAUAACAAUGAUGAUGAGCCUUACACUGGUAACCAAACAUCAACAUCUGGGAGGAAGAUCAAGAGGCCAUCUCAUCUCAGUGGAUAUAACAUGAGCGACAGUUUGGGAAUUGAUGGAUCCAAUGGCACAAAGAAACGCCCUAAGUCCUCUUCUAGGAAGGCUGCUAAUGACAAUGAUCUUUCCUUUAUGCCUCCAUCCAGCGAUCCCAGGGAGAUUGUUGAAGUGGUUCUCAUGACCUUCGAGGCACUGCGGCGUAGGCAUCUUCAAUUGGAUGAGACACAAGAGACUAGCAAACGUGCAGACCUGAAGGCUGGUGCCAUCAUGUUGGCCAGUAAUCUCAGGGCUAACACUGGGAAGAGGAUUGGAGCUAUCCCUGGAGUAGAAGUAGGGGAUAUUUUCUACUUCAGGAUGGAACUGUGCAUUAUCGGGUUGCAUGCACCUAGCAUGGGUGGAAUUGAUUAUAUGAAUGCCAAGUUUGGUGAUGAGGAUGACUCUAUAGCAAUAUGUAUUGUUGCUGCAGGUGUUUAUGAGAAUGAUGACGAUGAUACAGAUACGCUGGUCUACAGUGGUUCUGGAGGUAUUAGCAGGAACAGUGAGGAGAGGCAUGACCAGAAGCUUGAGAGGGGUAACCUUGCUCUUGAGAGGAGCCUGUCCAGAAAGAAUGUGAUCCGGGUUGUACGGGGCUAUAAGGAUCCAGCUUGCUUGACUGGGAAGGUGUAUAUCUAUGAUGGUCUCUAUAAGAUUCACGAGUCAUGGAAGGAGAAAACAAAGACUGGGAUCAGUUGUUUCAAGUACAAGUUGCAGCGAGAGCCAGGACAACCUGAUGCAGUUGCAAUCUGGAAAAGUUCCCAGAGAUGGGUAGAGAAUCCAACUGCUAGAGGCGGAGUUUUACACCCUGAUCUAUCAUCUGGUGCUGAAAAUCUCCCAGUGUGUCUUAUCAAUGAUGUUAACAGUGAGAAAGGACCAGGACACUUCAACUAUAUUACUCAGGUCAAAUACUUGAAGCCACUCAGUUCAAUGAAACCGUUUCAGGGUUGCGGAUGCCUUAGUGUUUGUCUACCUGGUGAUAACAAUUGUGUUUGCGCACAGCAUAAUGGAGGUGACUUACCAUACAGUUCAUCAGGAUUGCUUGUAUGUCGCAAGCUUAUGGUAUAUGAAUGUGGUGAAUCUUGCCAGUGUUCAUUCAAUUGUCGCAAUAGGGUAUCCCAAAAGGGAGUAAGGAUCCAUUUUGAGAUUUUCAGGACCACAAAUCGAGGCUGGGGUCUUCGUUCAUGGGAUCCUAUACGUGCUGGGUCAUUUAUUUGUGAAUUUGUUGGUGAGGUUGUUGAUGAUACUAAAGUUAAUUUGGAUGGUGAAGAUGACUAUCUUUUCCAAACAGUCUGUCCUGGUGAGAAGACAUUAAAAUGGAAUUAUGGACCUGAAUUGAUAGGGGAACCAAGCAUAAAUAUUUCAGCUGAGACUUUUGAGCCACUUCCCAUCAAGAUAAGUGCAAAGAAAAUGGGAAAUGUCGCACGUUUCAUGAACCACAGUUGCAACCCUAACACCUUCUGGCAACCAGUUCAAUUUGACCAUGGAGAGGAUAGCUAUCCACACAUCAUGUUCUUUGCACUGAAGCAUAUUCCACCCAUGACAGAGCUGACUUAUGACUAUGGUGACAUCGGAUGUGAAUCUAGUAGUGUUGGUUCUACUAGAGCUAAGAAUUGCCUUUGCGGAUCCUCAAAUUGCCGAGGCUAUUUUAGCUGACUGUUGAAGAUGUGCAUUAUCUGAUCUACCUGAUCCUUUUGCCCUUUUUUGUGGUACUAAGAAGUGAAUUAUGCUCAAGACUGAAAGUAUGGAAAAGCCGGCUACUUCAAAUGGCUAACCUCAUUCCCCGUUGUUGAAGUAGUAAACUAGUGCAACAUUUGCAAUGCCCACUAUCGUUCAUUCAGUUGUGACGCGUGAAUGUAGGCCUUGCAAGAUCAAUUUUGUACAUUAUGUGGAAACUUGUGAUGCUGCUGAUCUAGUGAUCUGACUACAGCCGAUGUUUCGGUUGGCAAGUUGAACUGAACUCCUUGCGGUUAGUUCUGAAUUCAAAUGCUGAGAGCCUGAGAUAUUAUGAUGAAGGAUGAUAUGGUGACAUGGUUGGUAUAGAAGUUUCUAGCUUUCUAUCACGAUUUUCUCAGGAACUGGUUCAAAGCCAGGUACACGAUGCCCUUUUAGAUGAUGCAUAUCAAUCUGGCCUCUACGUCCCACAUGGAUGUACACAGCCACGUGCAAUUUCAAGCUUUGGGCAAACUUCCAUUAGUUACAGGUUUUUUUUGGUAGAAUUUGCAAUUUUCAUAUGCAUAUAAGAAUAUGAAU